GGGUGGGGGUGGGCGCCCCGCGGGUCCCCUCAGGCUCGGCGGUGCCCGGGGCGGGUGUUGGUGACUUCAGUCAUUUAGGGGUUUAGUUCUGAGGAAGUAGAGACACAAGGAUUGAGUUUCUUUUACAUAGAAAGCUACAGCUCUUCACCAGUACUCUUUUUACUCCUUCCCAUCCUUCCCUGCUCCGUAGGGGAAAACAAUUUGGGAAUUAUUUUAAACAUUCAUUUACUCCCCCUUCCCUCCCUCAGAAAUAUACCCUGGUCCCAGAGGCAUCCGAUAGACAGUGCCUGGCAGGUCCUUGCUCUGGGAGCUUCAGUAGUACCCUUCCCUCCUUUGGGGUGUAGUGCAGGGAGGCAUCCAGAAGACUUCUGUGCCAGCCUUUCUGGUUAGUAGAGGAUCCAGGAAAAGGGGUACCUAGCAAGACACGUGACCUCCUUAAGGGAGCCAGAACUGAAGCAGCACUUGGCACGCUGAAGGAAACACCCAUCUUUAGUGUCUUUUUCGUCUUCCACUCCUUCCUCACCAAAUUUCUGCAGUUCUGUUGGAAGAAGACCUUGGAGGUUGCAAGACAAGUCCAAGAUGUGCAGUUCAGUUGCUCCCAGGCUGUGGUUCUUAACAGACCGUCGCAUCAGAGAAGAUUACCCUCAGCAGGAGAUCCUGAGAGCACUUAAGGCCAAGUGCUGUGAAGAGGAGCUGGAUUUCCGGGCCUUGGUGAUGGAUGAAGUGGUGCUGACCAUUGAGGAUGGAAAUCUUGGUCUCCGGGUGAAAGGGGAGCUCAUUACUGCUUACCCGCAAGUGGUGGUUGUGCGUGUGCCAACACCUUGGGUCCAGAGUGACAGCGACAUCACAGUCCUUCGCCACCUAGAGAAGAUGGGCUGCCGAUUGAUGAAUCGCCCUCAAGCCAUCCUCAACUGUGUCAACAAGUUCUGGACAUUUCAAGAACUUGCUGGCCAUGGUGUGCCUCUUCCAGACACUUUUUCAUAUGGUGGUCAUGAGAAUUUUUCCAAAAUGAUUGAUGAGGCGGAAGUGCUGGAGUUCCCUAUGGUGGUGAAGAACACGCGGGGUCAUCGAGGUAAAGCUGUGUUCCUGGCACGAGACAAGCACCAUUUGGCAGACCUAAGCCAUUUGAUCCGUCACGAUGCCCCUUACUUAUUUCAAAAAUACGUUAAGGAGUCCCAUGGCAAGGAUGUGCGCGUCAUCGUAGUGGGAGGCCGUGUGGUGGGCACCAUGCUCCGCUGCUCAACAGAUGGGAGGAUGCAGAGUAACUGCUCACUUGGUGGUGUAGGAAUGAUGUGCACGCUGAGCGAACAAGGCAAGCAGUUGGCAGUCCAAGUGUCAAACAUCCUGGGGAUGGAUGUGUGCGGCAUUGACCUGCUGAUGAAGGACGACGGCUCAUUCUACGUCUGCGAGGCCAAUGCAAAUGUAGGUUUCAUUGCCUUUGACAAGGCUUGUAAUUUAGAUGUAGCUGGUAUCAUAGCGGACUAUGCCGCUUCCCUGCUGGCCCCCGGCCGCUUGACGCGGCGCAUGUCCUUGCUCUCCGUGGUGUCCACGGCCAGCGAGACUAGCGAGCCAGAGCUGGGCCCUCCAGCUGGGGCCGCUGUCGACAACAUGAGUGCUAGCUCCAGCUCUGUCGACAGCGACCCUGAGACCACGGAGAGAGAGUUGCUCACCAAGCUCCCGGGGGCUCUCUUCAACAUGAACCAGCUAUUAGCCAAUGAGAUCAAGCUCCUUGUGGAGUGAUGCCACAUGUAAAUAGGUGACCAACAGAACUCUCUCUUGUACAUUUUUUUUUUAAACCAACUUGCAAUGCUGUUUAUCAGAGAUGCUGAGAGGAAUGAGGAAAGGGGGGUGGGUGUGUCAGUCAAGAGAGCAAAAGUAAAAGUCACACGUGCUGUGAUUGCUGUCCCUACUUAUUUGCGGAACAUUAAAUUGUCUUCAUUCUUCACCAGUUUUACUGUGGAGAUGCUCAGUCCAUAACCAAGCAGCAAUAUUGUUUGGAUGCUGCUUUGGUCCCCAGAUGUAUUGCAGUUCCUGUGUUUUCAUGGGCAAGCACUGAAGCGUGAUUCACACUUGAAGAUUUUCAGAAAGUUGUCUGACAGCUCUCUAGAAAGUUUUGUGAAUUACCGCACCAGUUAAGUCUCUUCUACCUCUGUAAGGCUUGAUCCUGUAAAUUUCUGAGUGCCUCAAAUUCUUUAUGUGAGUUGAAGGUGUUAAAUACCAAGUAUUUCAAAAUUCCUGGAUACCUACUGUUCCUACUCUUGUAGAUUGGAGCUGUAAGUUCAGGAUCCUUUCAAAGUCAUCACUUUCUGACCUUGCAGGAUACGGCCUUUCAAAUGAUGAGGCUGAGAGAAGUGUCAGUUGACUUAAUGUGAACUUUCUGUAAAAAUCUGUAAAUUGUGCCAUCUUGGUAUUAAGUGGCAGCUUUGUGUCUAAAUUUCGUUAUAAAGCUUUUAAAGGAGGAUGCUUCUGUUUUUCUCAUUUCAAAUCCUGAUUUUGGAAGGUAUAUAGGGGAAUUGGUCAUAUUCUAUUUGUGGGCAGAAGUGGCACGUUUUUAACUAUUUUUUGCAUGGUUGGAGGAGAUAAACAGCACUGUAAUGUUUGGUAUACAAAAUGAUGUUUAAUCUAAUGUGAAAAAGAAUUACACUAGUUUAAAGCAAAUGUGCAUCGACUUGUAUUUGUUAGUGUUUUAGUCUUUCUGAGAGAGAUCUGCAAUGUUAAUGUUCCUUUUUCUUUAAUACAUGCUAGUCCAACACUCCCUUCUCUAUGCCUGCAUCUUUAACAGUGGCCAAAGUGAAAACACCACAGACUGUUUGUUAAGAAAACACUGAGUUAUAGCCUGUACAUUGGUGGGGGGGGGGUUGUUGUUUGUUUUCAUUUUUUGCUUUUUUUUUUGGAGGGAGGAAUGUGGUAAGGUGUGGAGGAGGGAAGAGCUGGUUAAAAGUGAUUAGUCAUCCAGAGGAACUUUAGAAUAAAGCUGCAGUUCAUACAAUACUUACCAGGCUUACUUUUUCCCCACUGGACAUAAAAAAACCAAUGCUGGCAUAAAUCCAAAGAGUAUAACUGGGGAGAAAUAUUCAGUUCUUAGUUUUGGAAAACAUGUGGCAGAUUUGAAAAAAAAAAAAAAAAAAAAAAAAAAAAAAAAAGAAGGAAAAA